AUGCCUCCCAUAAAACCCAGUAUUGUGCGCUCGAUAAUAAGUUCACUUGGUUUGAACUGCAAAAAGUCCGUUCAAAAUGAUAUGUUCGUGUUUCCUUUUCGUGAAAAUUCAACCAAUUUUCUAAGUAAAUGCCGGUGUAAGGAGGUUUUUACGUCAACUCGAAUACAUAAAAACAACUUUACCCUUUUUCAACGCGGUCUCUCGCCUUCAUUUUGCCACCCUAAUUUUGCAAGUAGGAUUUUGAUAGUACCUUUUGGAGCUCCAGCAAGCCCCAUUACUCACAACAACCAGAGAUUAUUUCAUACAUCGGCUCCGAGGCAAGCCAAGGAAAGCUAUUACGAUCUUCUUGGAGUUCCAAAAAAUGCCUCUCAGUCAGAUAUUAAAAAAGCAUACUAUACGCUAGCGAAAAAGUACCAUCCCGAUACAAACAAAGACCCCUCUGCGAAGGAGAAGUUUGUGAAAAUCCAGGAAGCAUACAAUGUACUUAGUGAUGAAGAGCAUCGCGCUCAAUAUGACCAAUGGGGCACUGAUGCUAGUAAUUUUUCCGGAGCGGGAGGUUUCGAAGGAUUUUCUGGUGGUUUUCCUGAUUUUAGGAACUUUGGAGGAUUUGGGAAUACCGAUUUUUUCAAUCAUGUAUUUGGCGGUUUUACUAGAGGUCCAGGUCCAGGAUUUGGCGAUCCACUUGUUCAAGGUUCCGAUAUAGAGAUGCAAUUAAGUAUUCCUUUCAUGGAUGCUAUUAACGGAACAACUCAGACUGUCACAGUUGAAGCCAUUUCCACGUGUAAGGAAUGCAAGGGUCGAGGUACCAAAGGCGGUGCAAACCCAGACAAAUGUUAUGCAUGCAAUGGUACAGGUGUUCGGCGCAUGUCUAUCGCCUCGGGUUUCCAUAUGCAAAGUACAUGUCCGGAGUGUGAUGGUAAAGGUACCAGAAUACGUCCUGAAAAUCGUUGUACCUCGUGUGCUGGUCGAGGGCAAGUAAGAGAUCGUAGGCCGGUGGCAAUUGAUAUUCCAGCAGGCGUGGAGAAUGGUAUGAGCAUUCGGAUACCAAAACAAGGUGAUGUGCCAUUAGGUGUCGAGGGUAUACCUGGUGAUUUAAUCGUUAGGAUACGGGUCCUGCCUCACAAGAUAUUCAAACGACAAGGCUCCAAUAUUAUUGUUGAGGCGCAAGUUCCAUUCCAAACGGCAAUACUGGGGGGUACCAUCAAGGUUCCUACUGUAGACGGUGAUGUGGAAUUGAAAGUUCCUCCGGGUUCACAACCGGAGCAACAGGCAUAUAUGAAGAAACGUGGUGUGAGAAAGUUAAAUUCUCAAAGUCGAGGAGAUCAGAUCGUUGUUUUUAAAGUGAAAUUACCGACAUCUCUUACCCCUAAGCAAAAGGAGUUAAUUGAGGAGUUUGCUCACACGGAAGGGUCUUCGGAUUCGAAAGAUGGUUUCUUUAAAAAUGCCUCCGACAAAAUAAAAGGUAAAUAA